GGAGGGAACGAGCCGGAACAGCUUACCCGGACCGGCGCCGCCAUGCACCGCCCGGGACUGGCCUGCUGCAUGGUGCUGUUGGUCCUGGGACUCUGCGGCGCGCACUCGCGCAACGUGCUGCUGAUAGUUGCGGAUGAUGGAGGCUUUGAGAGCGGUGUAUACAACAACACCGCCAUUGCCACCCCUCACCUGGAUGCCCUGGCCCGCCACAGCCUUAUCUUCCGAAACGCCUUCACGUCCGUCAGCAGCUGUUCCCCGAGCCGUGCCAGCCUCCUCACCGGCCUGCCCCAGCAUCAGAAUGGCAUGUAUGGGCUGCACCAAGAUGUGCAUCACUUCAACUCUUUCGACAAGGUACAGAGCCUACCGCUGCUGCUCAGCCGGGCUGGAGUGUGCACAGGCAUCAUUGGGAAGAAGCACGUGGGUCCGGAGACGGUUUAUCCCUUCGACUUUGCGUUCACAGAGGAGAACAGCUCCGUGAUGCAGGUGGGGCGGAACAUCACUAGAAUUAAGCAACUGGUCCGGAAAUUUCUGCACACUCGGGAUGACAGGCCCUUCUUCCUCUAUGUGGCUUUCCAUGACCCCCAUCGCUGUGGGCACUCCCAGCCCCAGUACGGAACCUUCUGUGAGAAGUUUGGGAACGGGGAGAGCGGCAUGGGGCGCAUUCCAGACUGGACACCCCGGAUGUACGACCCUCAGGACGUGAAGGUGCCCUACUUUGUCCCGGACACGCCGGCAGCCCGAGCUGACCUGGCCGCUCAGUACACCACCAUCGGGAGGAUGGACCAAGGGGUAGGACUGGUGCUCCAGGAGCUGCGAGGUGCUGGUGUGCUGAACGAUACCCUCAUCAUCUUCACAUCUGACAACGGGAUCCCCUUCCCCAGUGGCAGGACCAACCUGUACUGGCCUGGCACAGCCGAACCUUUGUUGGUGUCAUCCCCAGAGCACCCACAACGCUGGGGCCAGGUCAGCGAUGCCUACGUGAGCCUUCUAGACCUCACCCCCACCAUCCUGGACUGGUUUUCCAUUCCGUACCCCAGCUACUCCAUCUUCGGCUCAAAGAUGAUCCGGCUCACAGGCCGAUCCCUCCUGCCGGCGCUGGAGGCGGAGCCCCUUUGGGCCACUGUCUUCAGCAGCCAGAGCCAGCACGAGGUCACCAUGUCCUACCCCAUGCGCUCCGUGUACCACCAGAACUUCCGCCUCAUUCACAACCUCAGCUUCAAGAUGCCGUUUCCCAUCGACCAAGACUUCUAUGUCUCGCCGACCUUCCAGGACCUCCUGAACCGCACCACGGCGGGGCUGCCCACGGGCUGGUACAAAGAUCUCCACCGUUACUACUACCGGGAGCGCUGGGAACUCUACGACGUCAGCCGGGACCCUCGAGAGACACGGAACCUGGCCGCUGACCCAGACUUCGCUCAAGUGCUGGACAUGCUGAGAGCUCAGCUUGUCAAAUGGCAGUGGGAGACGCAUGACCCCUGGGUGUGCGCCCCCGAUGGGGUCCUGGAAGAAAAGCUCACACCUCAGUGCCGACCUCUUCACAAUGAGCUCUGACAGUCCCCGGGGCGCCUGCCGGCCCACCUGGACAUGAUGGGAGGAGCAAUGGUGGCAGUGCCAGCAGCCCCACCCUCUACACACCCAUCCCAGGAGGCUCCCUCUACCAAAUGGGAAGUCACCCCUGCCUCCUGUAAAGGACACUCAAGCAUGCACUCUCGCUGCUAUACCAAGGACACUGCUGUCCUCAUGUCUGCAUGUCCUGGCUAGGGAGUUCUAGGGGAACUUGGGCGUGGCAGAACCCCAAGUUCUGAUAGGUGAGUUUGGAGAUCUGCAGAUGGAAGGGUAGGAUCUGGGCUUUGAAGCCCUCUAGUUUUGGGAAUCCAUGGAUGUUUUCAGGCACUUCACAGGCUUCUGGUUGCCACAUGGGCAGGGGGCACACCGCACUGACUACUUCAACCGACCUUGGCCUGGAGGGAGCAUUCAGUAGGCCUUGAGCUUGCUUCUGCCUCCAUGAGGUACACAGUACAGGCUUAGCCAGGUACAGGCUUAGCCAGGAUCUGUGCUGGUUCUCAGAGGGGUGAGCCUGUGGUCUCUCUGGGCUCAGUGUGUCCUUUCUGAGGGUAACUGAGGAGGACUGGGUGUGACAGUGCUCUCUCUCCCUCUCCCUCUCCUGCCUUUCAUUCUGAGUGACACGAAGCACCUGGCUCCAGCUUUUCCCUUCCUUCACUUACCAAGGGACAGAAGCACAGCCUAGAAAUCUAGAAAGAGGGGAUCUGUCCCUUCUGCCUCUCUGUCAGUUCCGUCUUGGGAGGGAAUGAGAGUCAUGAGCCCCAGCAACGGAAAACCUUUUUACAACAGUAUAAUCAUUCCCAGAACUUCACAGUAGCACACUGGAGACACAAACACCCUGUCAAAAUGACUCCGUUUAUGGUUAGGUGAUGGCUUCACCCACGUGUGGUGUGAUGCACCCCGAGAAGGACCAGGGCUCAUGUCAGUCUGAGAGAGAGAGAGUUCUUUGCUCAUAGAGGGUCUGCUGGCUCCAGGAUAUGUACAAACCAAAGCAACCAGGUGUUCGGGGCUGGGCACAGAGGCAGUGAGUCAAAGAGCCACUCAAGUCUGUCCACUACAACAAUGUGGUUUGCAGGUGUCUGUGGCAGCACUUGGCUGUUAGCAGCUGAGUCAGCCACGCCCAUGGCGCCCCAGAGUCAGUGCCCCCGCCCUGGGCAGGGAGGACUGCUCCAGUGAGUUUCCAAGGUUCAUUUGACAUCAGAACCUUAAAGGAGGGAACAGACUCACACUUUUUUUUUUGGUUGUUUUGUUUUUUCAAGACAGGGUUUCUCUGUGUAGCCCUGGCUGUCCUGGAACUCACUCUGUAGACCAGGCUGGCCUCGAACUCAGAAAUCCACCUGCCUCUGCCUCCCAGAGUGCUGGGAUUACAGGCGUGCGCCAACACUGCCCAGCUAGGGGACAGACUCACAAAGCUAUUCCUGGUAUCACAGGAGGUUGGGGCGCUGGGCUGAGCAGGUCUCAGGAAGCAGUCCCACAUGGCAGAAUAUUCUCCGCCCUCCAUCGGCCCAGGCCAUGCCGUGCGAAGGUGACUUCAUCAAUUACACCUUGAUUUCUGUGAGCACCCGAGGUCAGACCCCGACCAGAGAAGGAAGCAGGGUUGUUUGCUGACAGCAUCAACAGACACAUGGAGGUCCUCACAGUCCCAAGCCAGGUCUGGGCUUCAGCAGGUGUUCUCUGUCCACACCACCUUCUUCUGCUCAUCUGCAAUGGCCAGGCGCACACAGCUGAGCAGGCUGUCCGGGUCACUCCAGCUGUCGGGGGCCAGGCUGCUGUACAGACACGGCACUCUGUCCAGGUCCCCCUCCUCCUGCCGGGCCACCUCCAGGAACUGCUCCUCCGAGCUGCCGAGUCGAUGCAGGCACUUCCUGCAAAGCAGAGACGGUCAGCUCGAGAACAGCAAGGUAGCCAGGAAAGGACACAGUUGGCUUUCCAGUACAGAGCACAGUAGGCACCCAGGCUGUAGAGGACUCAGCCUGCAUGCACCCUUGGGCACGAGCGAGCAUGGGGCUCCUAUCCAGGGAAGGUCCUGAAGAAGGUAGGACUCAGCUGCGGCUGCUGGCGGCAUUCCCUGAUGGGGUGAGCAGAGCAAACUUCACAUCCCAAAGGACACGGGCGGCGGCGGGAUGUUUGUCCCAGACAGACGCCAAGUGAUGGGGUGGGACUAAGCUUCUUGACCUCGGGCACUGUGCAGCUUUAGUGUAACGGGUAGGUGACAGGUUCACUCCUGAGAGAGCAAGCUAGACCUCUGGCCUGAGGUUACAAGGACACAACUGGGACUGGAACUUAGAGAGCUCCAGUGUGUUCUGGGGGCACACGAGAAGCUUUCCCAGAGCACAGGCACCUGCUAAAGACCCUGCUGCCCAGCUCCGCUGACCACCUGCUGCCCAGCCCUCACCGACAACUACCUGAGUUUCUUGGCCGUCUUCUCGUUGACAGACACAUGGAUGAUGAUGGGGAAAAUGUCCAUGCUGUGUAGGAUGCGGACGCUGUCCAGCCGGACGUCCAGCAGGGCGUGGGUGCUCUUUGGGAGGGCAUAGAGAAGCAAGUCAGGCCCCCGGGCCUGGAGUGGGGGUGGGGUGGGGAGGGGCCUGUGCAGCAGUGAACGGGGCUGUGUGGGAGAGGCCCAGACAGAGGCGGCGUGCUAUGCACCAGGGCGCCUGCUGUAGCCUUAAAGGGGGAAACCCAUUUGAUUCGUUCCUGGGGAAGCCUGGAUCUGCAAGCCUUUGCAUUGUGGUAGAUUUUGCAUGGAGUACAAACCUUAAGGAUCAGACAA